UCAAACUGGGCAUCUCUCGACAAAAACUCAAAAACCCCAUCUGUCCUGUCACACACUUCCAUUCAUCGACCAUCUUACCGUGAGAAAAGGAUUUCGGCCAUGGAUAAGGCGAUUCAAUUGUCGAUCCCGCUCCCGCGGUCUCUUGAUUCGCGGAUAUACAUCAGCCUGACAGUCGGGCAAAAAUCCAUCCUGCUCUUCCUCACAACAGCAUCAGCAGAAGAACUAGCAGUGGCCCCUCCGCUAGGAUCGUUCGUCUACGCCUUGCCUGACAAGUUCAACCCAAGCCUGCCUUUAUCGACCCCGCUGUACACAGUGGAGCCGACGCUGGAGUUCACAUCGCGGCUAGCAAAGCUGCUGGCCGGGAAGACGCAACGGCCCGUCUAUGUAGGGAACUCUGUGAGCUUCGCGGGCGCUGGCCUGGGUGGCACGGUGGAGGAAGAAAUCGAGGCCUUCAGGAAUGUUGUUAAGGUGGUCCUGUCUCGACUGGAGGGUAUCAUCGGGUCCGCAGAGGCCGUCGCGAAUGGGGUGAGCAGCUCGUGACAGAUAUCCAGGUUUUAUGUGUGUCCCGAGACCCUCGACCGCUCUUCCUAGGUGACACUUGGGAGUUACCGGCGCCUACAAGGGAGAGGACAUCGUCCCGCCCGGGAUUCCAAAUCCCUACGACCAGUCCAUAUCCACCCAGGUCCCCCCACCCCCCCCCUGC